AUGGCUGACAUUAUUAAUAAAGCUCGGAUCAGACAACGCUCUGUUGUCAUCACCCUACUUGAUCUUAAGAAUGCCUUCGGCGAAAUCCAUCACAACCUCAUUCAAUCCGUAUUUGACUACCACCAUAUCCCUGAUCAUAUAAAAUUUGUUAUAAAAAGUUUAUAUACUGAUUUCCAAACCUCGAUAAUUACCUCUGAAUUCCGCACUCCAUUUAUGACAGUUGGCCGUGGUGUAUUGCAAGGAGAUUGCCUCAGUCCUCUUCUUUUUAACAUGUGCUUCAAUACAUUCAUUCAGCAUAUCAAGGCUGAAAAGUACCGUCAAUUUGGGUUUUCCUUCAAAUUACUAAAUCCCAUCCAUUGGUUCCAGUUUGCUGAUGACGCGGCUGUAAUUACUGGCCAAGAAUCCGAAAACCAACAUCUAUUAAAUCGAUUUUCUAUCUGGUGCCAGUGGUCCGAUAUGAUUAUCCGAGUUGACAAAUGCAGUACCUUUGGCAUUAAAAAAGCGAUCACAAAAUCAGUUCAGUACUUGCCAAAACUCCUCAUCAGCAAUCAACUAAUACCAAAAAUCACUAUUGGAGAAUCAUUUCAAUAUUUAGGACGUUACUUUGAUUUCCACAUGUCGAAUGAUAAUCACAAAACUGAACUAACCACCCUACUUAAUGAACUAAUGUCUGAUAUUGACUCAAAGCCACUACACCCCAAAAAUAAACUGCUCCUCUACAGUCGCUACGUCUUGUCCAAGUUAGCCUGGCACUUCACCGUCGCAACACUCUCUAAAACAUGGGUUACUGAAAAUAUCGACUCUAUUGCCAACAAAUAUAUCCGCAAAUGGCUUGAAGUACCAGUAUCAGUAACACUAAGUACUGUCUUUCUAACAAAUAACAAAUUUGGCCUGAGUAUUUAUCCUCCAUCUGUAAAAUUUAUCCAGUGUCAAACAGUCCUCCGAAAAGCUUUAAAAUCUUCUCCUAAUGAAUCAACUAACGACCUGUGGAGAGCAACCAGUAACCAUACUAAUAUCCAAUAUGACGCUUAUAACUCUACUAAGGAAGUUCUCAAAGAUUUUAGCCUGCGUAGCAGGCGCUAUUUAGGGGGGGAGGGCGAAAAAUGGAAGGGGCGAGAAUGAAAUAGCGCCUGCAGGAAAGCCAUAUGUUUUCUCAUAUUUCGCGUCCGUGAGCGGACGCGAAAUUCUGAUUGGCUAAUCAGUCAUCAGGGGUUUCCCAAUUAUAUUCCCUGUGGUUUUAGAUGAGUUCAAAAUAGCGGCCUUAGUAUUGACGAAUUUGACGAAGUUCUUCCUAAAGUGAUUAGCUAUAUUUAGUUGGCGACUGGCCACUGUAUUUAACUGAAAGAGGAAGAAGAUAAAGCAGUUCGGGACAUUUUAAAAGGAAAAGAUGUUUUUGCUGUAUUACCGACAGGUUUAUGGCAAAAGUUUGAUUUACCAAGCUUUCGUACGAGCGCGUGAUUAUCAUACGUCAGGGAAAGCAGCUAUUAUUGUAAUAUCCCCAUUGAAUAGCAUUUAUAUUAAAGACCAGCCAAAAGAUAUGGAAUGGCAAUGUUUCACGUCCGUGGAUGUUUAAAUCACUAUAAUUACUAUAAUCACUAUAGUUUAUACGCUAUAAUCACUUUCAACUUAGCCUAUUCGCUAUAAAUUGAUCGAGAAAGUUGCCGCUUCGAGUUGCUGUCGUUGUUGUUAACAACUUGUCCUGCGAUGGGGAAUCUCGUUCUUCUGUGUCGAGGAAAAGACUUUCUAUUUCUAGUACUAGAUUUGACACACACAUUUAAUUUCUUUCUUUAUACACUUCCGUUGUGUGAUUUCUUGGCAACUGCGUUUUGCUUAUCUCGCUCAGAUCAUCUGAAACCGUAUUAUUUUGUUCUUUAAUUAUCGUUCUUCCUUUACAAAUUUAUAUAGUUCAACAACGUUCCUUAUUUUCCUUACAAGGUUUACACACUCGAUCCGAUAAAGUUUCGCUUCGAUUCAACUUAAAGCCAAUGGACUCGCACGCGUUCGCUAAAAUCAAAUUCUGACUGCAUUGUCUGUCUGACGGCUUAAACAAAUUUUCAAAGGAAGGCUCACUUUCACAUACUGCUUUUAGAUUGCUGUUGCAAAACCUGCAUGUAUCGUUAGCGCUUGCCUAUUUCGCUUUUCUACCCGCUUUUUUACAAAUUUUUUUGGCGUUUUAAACAUAGAAAUACACUUUAUAGUAUACACGCGCAUUAACUAUGAUUAUGCAUACUGUUGUGAAACCAGAUCUGUCAUUGGGAAAACCUUUAGUUGCGUCUAAUCACUGAUUGGCUUGUUUUUAAUGGGCGGGACUUGGGCAGAUGGGAAAACAUAUGGCUUUCCUGCAGGCGCUAUUUCUUUCUCGCCCCUUCCAUUUUUCCUCGCUCUCGCCUUCGCAUUCCCCCCUAGCUUUUCCCACCCUCGCCCUCCCCCCUAAAUAGCGCCUGCUACGCAGGCUACAAAGAUUUCCGUUCUGGACACGAAAACAAACUCCUAAACCAAUUAACCAGUCAAGGAUCUUUUUUCUGCAGCGUUACGAAGUUCGCUUUACCUCAGCUUAGCAAGGUGUGGUCCGUCGCCCAAUCAAAGCUCCCGAAAAACAUUUACAACUUUACCAUUCGUUACAUUAACAACUCUCUUCCGACGCGCAAAAACCUAAACAGAUGGGCAAUAUCUUCAAAUUCAGGCUGUUCUUUUUGUCUUAGCCCUGAAACAUUACUACACAUAGUAGCUGGAUGUCAGUUUUCUCUCGACCGAUUUACGUGGAGACACAAUUCAGUCCUGAACUUUCUUGCUCAUCAGUUACAAACUGUUGACGGUUCUACUCUCUACGCUGAUCUAAAUGGAUUCAAAAGCCCUUCAAUACUUACUGGUGAUACGUAUCGCCCAGAUUUGUUAUUAUCGUGCUCAAAUGGUUCCUUAUAUGUGGUUGAACUCACCACUGGUUAUGAGACAAACCUCAAAAACAACGUCAAACGGAAGAAGGAUAAAUAUAGAGAAUUAUUGAGACAGCUAGGUAAAAAUUUUAACCAAGUUAAAUUUAUAAAUCUCUCCAUCAGCUCUUUAGGUAUUUUUGCAGAAGAAUGUUAUACAUUUUUAGACAUGUUAGAUAGUAUUGGUCUUGACAAAAACCACCAAAUGUACUGUGUUAGGAAAAUGAUGACUAUUGCUAUUAGAACUACAUAUUACAUUUUCUGUUGCCGAAAUAAGGAAUGGGAAAAUCCGGAUUUACUAACAAUUUGA